AUGGCUAGUGAGGAGAGUUUCCUAGUUCUGGUACAUUACAGAGGGUCGAUUAAGAGAAAAACUCGGUCCGGCGUGAAUUUCACUGAUAAGGAUCCCCUAUGUAUUAUCGUGACGCCGACAACCACCUGCGAUGCACUUGUUAGCUCUGUGCUGGAGAAGCUGGGUGUUGAAGGCGUUAAAAGGGUCAAGAAGUUUUUCUACCGCAUUCCAACAGCGGUGCUCCAUGACACCGUGAAGUUUGAUUGUUUCACAAUCGGUAGUGACGAGGACUUGCAGGUUAUGUUUCUUUCUCGUAGGCAGUUUCCCGAGGUAAGGACACCAGAGCUGUUGGCAAAGUUGGUUGAUGUGGUAUCUAGCUCGGGUGGUUCGAACCGGAAUGCCACUACGAUAGCCGCGGUUGCCGGCUCGAGCUCGAGACCUGCUGUUGCUUCAUCCUCUGCUCCUGUGUAUGAGCCACCGAUGCAGCCUGUUGCGUCCCCUUCGUUUGCCGUUGAUCUGAGCGGCAAUGUUGGAGACGAGGUUCGGUAUGGGGAACAUAUUCCCACCGAGGUACAUUGUCCCACACCGGCUGGUGUUGGUGAUGGUUUGUUUGAUGAUCCAGAUGACGAUGACGUGGAGCCGGAUAUGAUCGCUGAUGAAAGCGGCGAUGAUGUUGGAACUACUGUUCCGACAAGGGCUACAGGUGGAUCUAGUUCUGGCACACAGCAGUAUCCACCCCAUUUUUCCUUAUUGGACCUGGAUGCCAUGCGGCAGGACGACAAUGCUCUGCAGGCCUCAGGAUUUGGUGCUAGAGAUACCGAGGGGUCUGCCGGUAUGAACGAGUUCCAGGUUGGCCAACAAUUUCAGGAUAAAGAUGAGGCGCUGUUGAGUGUGAAGACGUACAGUAUCCGCCAAGGGGUCCAGUACAAGGUCGUUGAGUCUGACUACCGCAGGUAUGUGGGAAAGUGUUCUGAGUUUGGAAAUGGGUGCACAUGGCUAAUUUGGUUGAGUCUCCGACAGCGGAAUGGUAUCUGGGAAGUGAAGCGAUACAACGGACCGCAUACAUGUCUUGCCAGCUCCAUCUCCAGCGACCAUAGGAGUCUGGAUUACCAUGUCAUAUCCACCUUCGUUAUGCCGAUGGUUAGGGCUGAUGCAGGUGUGAACAUCAAGGUGCUCCAAAAUGCCACGGCCGCACACUUUGGGUUCAGGCCUACGUACAGGAGGGUAUGGAUGGCGAAGCAGAAGGCCGUUGCCGUGAUAUAUGGGGACUGGGACGAGUCGUACAAUGAGCUCCCUAGGUGGGUUUUAGGAGUUCAGCUGACGAUGCCUGGCACUGUAGCCGUCCUCAGGACUUGCCCUGUUCGAGUUGGGGGACAGGUUGACGAUUCUCAGGUUUAUUUUCAUAGGCUGGCCAGUACAUAA